CGGGUUCAGUCUUCGGACUCUGCGUCGUCUACAAAAACACGACACGAACCCUAUAGCCCUCCUCGUUCUGUAAAUACUAAUCUCUCACAAAUCAGCUUCGUUUCAUCUUCGAUUUGUUCUUUUGAUCUUCUAAUAAAUCAUAGAUUCGAAAAAAUCUCGUUAUUCUCUACCAAUUGAUCGUUCUUUUGAGCUCAGCCGUCCAAUCUUCGUAAUUCUAGGGUUAGGGUUUUCAAUCUCCUUCAUCGAAAGUAUCUAACCCUCCGAUCUCUUGAUCCUUUGUUUCGCAUCAAUCGAUCUUCAAUCUCUGUUCUUUUCCCUCUAAAUCUGGGCCUAAUUUUGUCGAUCUUCACGACCCGAUUAGAAAUUUAGGGUUUCGAAGUGUCCGCUUUUUUAGGGCGUGUUCGAUCUGUUAAUUGCUUGAGGGCUGAGUCUCUUAAUUGUUCCAGGCCAAUAUGGGAUUCAAGCGACCCUUUGAUGAGGAGGCAUUUCAGGAGGCUCCAUUUAAGCACGCAAGACAAUAUGACCGUGGGCUUAAGCUGAUUUCAUACACUGACAUUUUUCCUUUUCCUCAAGCCCCUCAGAAAACUGAUAUCCCAGGUGAAGGUGAGGAACAGUUCUAUAAAUUUGGAUUGUGGGAUGAACUUGAAAAUGACAAUGCGAAUAUGGUUUCAAAUAUUGCUGACGCUGAGUUUGAGAUUAGUGAUCCUUUUUCAUGGAUCACCAGCAGUACUAGUGAGGAAAAUGCUGGUUCUGGGGCAGUGGUAUGCUCGGGUCCAUCUCCAGAGUAUUUUGACUCCAACUUUUCAAGGAGAUCAUUAGUGAAGUGUAAAGAUACACAUUCAUCUCUCUUAGAUUGUUCUCCUACAAAACAAGUUCCUCUUGGACCAAAUCAUCAAGCUGAGGUUCCUGUCUGGGACUUGCAGGUAACCGAGAAACAUUCUUUGGUUUCUGAUCACAUAACUGACGAUGACCGUGGGAAGGACAUAAUGGGGACUUGUGUCAUUCCAUUUCCAGACUUCAAAUUACAUGCUCAUGGUGGUUUAAAGGCUGGAGAUGGCAGAAUAGAUUGUUGCUGCCUGGAUGCAGGCUCUGUCAGAUGCAUACGACAGCAUGUCAUGGAAGCGCGAGAACGAAUGAGAGAAACCCUUGGGCAUGAGAAAUUUGUGGAACUGGGGUUGUAUGACACGGGGGAGGAGGUAGCACAAAAAUGGACCGACGAAGAAGAAGAGUUGUUUCAUGAGGUCAUUUACUCUAAUCCUUUCUCACUUGGUCGGAAUUUUUGGAAGCUCCUAUCUGCGAUGUUUCCAUCUCGAACCAAAAGGGAACUUGUUAGCUAUUAUUUCAAUGUCUUUAUGCUUCGGAAGCGGGCUGCUCAGAACAGAUCUAGGGCAAUGGAUAUAGACAGUGAUGAUGAUGAGUGGCAGGGGACCGAUGGGCACCUCUUCGGAGUUCCAGAAGCAUACGAGGACACUGCAAUCAAGUCUUUUGUUUAUCAAGAUUUUAGGGUGGAUGAGGAGGAUGAUUACCUUGAUGAUGAUGAUGAUCAUGAUAAUGGUGGUGACAGUGAUGACAGCACCGGGAACAAUGGCAAUAAUUGUGCUGGUGAUACUGUCAUGGGAGAUGAUGGUAGAAUUCCUACGCUGAAAGAACAAAGUUGUAGGACACUUGACGACUCCAGGUUUGAUUUAGCAUUUCAUCAUACGGACAGUGUGGGGGAUGAUAACGAAGUUCUACACGUCCCAUGUGUGUCUUUUGAGCGUCACCCUAGUACGGUUAAGUCCUGCUGUUCAGGUGAUGUCGAAGGUGCUAUACAAGAAAGGGGGGUCAACAACGAUUACGAGAAAUGUUUGUUUGGCCACGGCGAUUGAUUGGAUCCUGAACUUCUCGGAUGCCAGGUAUCCAUUGUUUUCGUUCCAUGAUGAAAUAAAUAUUUCGACCGUGCACUUAGAACUGCAACUCGAGAAAUGAUAGAAAUUUUGGGUAGUGGCUUCAAAGAUGAUGCAUUCUUUUUCACAGUAUUUAUCCUGGACAUUCUUUCAUCAUUGGUGAGGGCAAGAAUGGAAGUAUGGGCUUCACAAGUUGUUCCAAUUUUUUAGUGUACACAACAAUAAUUUCAAUAAUUUUGUUGGUUUGUAUUCAAAGUAAUCUCAGUAGUAUCUCUUUGGAAGUUUAGAUGCUUCCUGAGUUGCACAAAUCGUACAUAUUCUCUCCAGUUUGUGGAUACUUGCACCUCCUUUAUUUAUGUAACAAGAUAUAAUCUGUUAA